AUGGACCAAGCCGCGGCUCGAUUCGGAAACUUCUUCCGUGCUCUGACGCUCAAGACGCGCUUCGAACUCGCUGACGAGAAGUGGGAGUACACUGAGGAGCCCCAUGUCGAGCGUCGAAAGGAAAUUCUGAACAAGCACCCCGAGAUCAAGAAACUCAUGGGACCCGAUCCCCUUAUUGCAGUGAUUGUGCUAGUUGAGGUGAUCGUGCAGUUGGCAAUCGCCUCGUGGAUAUCUGUGUAUCAACCUGGCUGGAUUGUCUGGAGCGCGCUGGUUUACGUCGUGGGCGCGACGCUCAACCACUCCCUGGGCAGUGCUAUCCACGAAAUCGGACACAACCUCGCCUUUGGACACAAACACGGUCCAGCCAAUCGUGUGCUUUCGCUCUUCUGCAACCUACCCAUGAUACUUCCCGUUGCUAUUAGUUACAAAAAAUACCACCACGACCAUCACAGAUGGCUCGGGCAUGAGGAUUUAGACGUGGAUAUUCCCAUGAAGAUUGAGUGCUACCUCUUUCAGAGUCCUCUCCUGCGCUUUACUUGGAUUCUCCUGAACCCAUGUUUUUACGCUGUCCGACCCUUCUUGAAGUCACCACGCCCAGUCACUGCCUGGGAGGCUAUCAACUUGGUCGUGCAGAUUACCUUUGACUAUUUAGCAUGGCGUUUGCUUGGCACCUAUGCAUUCACCUACCUGCUAAUGGGUACCAUCCUCGGUUUUGGGCCCCACCCAAUGUGUGGUCACGUGAUUAGCGAGCACUAUCUUUUCUCCGAUAACCUAGCAACGCAUUCCUACUAUGGUCCCCUAAACAUUCCCCUCUUUAAUGUGGGUUACCACGUCGAGCACCACGACUUCCCCUACAUCCCGUUCACCCGGCUGAACAAGCUGAGGAAGAUAGCUCCUGAGUACUACGAACACAUCCCUUACCAUACUUCUCUUUGUAAAGUAAUGUGGGAUUUUGUGUUUAUGCCGGAGUUAGGGCCGAAGGCUCGAGGUAUCACAUCGAUGCCUGUGAACAGGCCAGAUAUCUACGGGAAAGUGGCCCCGUUCGAGCUGUCUUCAGCACUCACGUUUCCAAACGAAAAGGAUAAAGUCACAAAGUCCAAGUGA